UUGGGCCGCGGAGGUCCCACCGCGCUGGACCGGAGACGCUGGAAAAUGACCCGCGAAGCCGUGGCUUCCACCUGAGACGAAGCCUCGAGCUCGCAGCCGCCGCGUCCCGGGAGGUGCUGUAAGCGGCGAACAAUGAUCCUGUCUUAACCCUGCGAACAUUUCACAGAGGAACUGGGGGGACUUCACUUAGUACCCUAAUUUGAGCUUAUUUAGAGCACAACCUGCAGUCUCAGUGUUAGAAAUGUGGAGAUGGAGUUUGUGCCCGUCAGAGGACCAUGCAUUUCACUCAUUGCCAUACUGAUCCAUCAUUUAUACAACAUGGGUUAUGUACCCAUCUCAGCAGGAGGCCGAGGCUCUAUGUGGAUAAGACUUGCUACUGUCGUCCCUCAGUCACAGGAUGAUCCUGCCACAUGGUAGGCUCUUAGGAAAACUAGACUGAGAGUGAGCCAGGGCUUCUGUCUUCCCUUGCUUCCGGAGGGGGUCACACGUUAACUGCACAGCCUGUGCACACACAGAAAUCAGGUUAAGCACGUUCUCCUCAGCUUUACAUGAAACGUGAGAGGCGGCACUGAGGUUUUCGGUCUUUGUGAGGUGUCUCCUUCCCCAAGAGCCAUGGAGAGGCUGCUCCGUGGGACAGGAUCAACCACAGCUCUCAUUUUCUUCCUGCUGAAAUUGUCAGUGGCGGUUGACAUUCCGUUGUCAGUCCAACAGGUUCCGACAAUCACGAAACAGUCAGAAGUACAAGUUGCCUUUCCUUUUGACGAGUAUUUCCAAAUCGAAUGUGAAGCUAAAGGGAAUCCAAAACCAACAUUUCGGUGGACUAAGGAUGACAAACCCUUUAAUCUCUCUGAUCCUCGCAUAAUUGUAUCCCAUAACUCAGGGACAUUCAGGAUCCCCAACGAGGGCCCAGUGUCCUACUUCCAAGGGAAAUACCGCUGCUUUGCUUCUAAUGCGCUGGGAAUUGCUAUGUCGGAAGAAAUAGAGUUCAUAGUUCCAAGUGUUCCCAAAUUCCCAAAAGAAAAGAUUGAGCCCCUGGAAGUGGAGGAGGGAGACCCUAUUGUCCUGCCGUGCAACCCUCCCAAAGGCCUCCCACCCUUGCACAUUUACUGGAUGAAUAUCGAACUGGAACACAUUGAACAGGACGAGAGGGUGUACAUGAGCCAGAAGGGAGACCUGUACUUUGCCAACGUGGAAGAGAAGGACAGCCGGAAUGACUACUGCUGCUUUGCUGCCUUUCCCAGGCUGAGGACCAUCGUGCAGAAAAUGCCAAUGAAACUGACAGUCAGCAGCUUAAAGCAUGCUAAUGACUCAAGUUUAUCCACAGAAAUUGGCUCCAAGGCAAACUCAAUCAAGCAAAGAAAGCCCAGGUUGCUGCUGCCCCCUGCGGAAGAGGGCGCUGAGUCUGCCAUCAUUGUGCUCAAAGGGGACACCCUGCUGCUCGAGUGUUUCGCGGAAGGCCUACCAACUCCACAGAUUGAAUGGAACAAAAUGGGUGGUGAUUUACCCAAGGGGAGAGAAACUAAAGAAAACUAUGGCAAGACCUUGAAGAUCGAUAAUGUCUCCUACCGGGACAGAGGAAACUACCGCUGCACAGCCAGCAACGUCUUCGGAACAGCCAGUCACGACUUUCAUGUGGUGGUGGAAGAGCCUCCGCGCUGGACCAGGAAGCCCCAGAGCGCCGUGUACAGCAGCGGCGGCAGCGGGGUCUUGCUGUGCGAGGCGGAGGGCGAGCCCCAGCCCACGGUCACGUGGAGAGUCAACGGCGCCCCGCUGGACGGCCAUCCAGUUGCUGGUGAUGUCAUCUUCCCCAGAGAAAUCAGUUUCACCAAUCUGCAGCCAAAUCACACGGCUGUGUACCAGUGUGAAGCCUCCAACGUUCAUGGGACCAUCCUGGCCAAUGCCAACAUUGACGUUGUAGAUGUCCGUCCAUUGAUUCAGACUGAAGAUGAAGAAAGUUACGCCGCUGUGGUUGGGUACAGUGCCUUCUUGCACUGCGAGUUCUUUGCUUCCCCUGAGGCAGUGGUGUCCUGGCAGAAAGUGGAAGAAGCCAGCCCCCUGGAGGGCGAACGGUACCACGUGCACAGAAACGGCACACUGGAGAUCAGCGGUGUCACUGAAGACGAUGCCGGGUCCUACUCCUGCUGGGUGGAAAAUGCUGUAGGGAAGACUGCAGUCACAGCCAGCUUGGAUAUUAGAAACGCCACGAAGCUGAGUGUUUCUCCCAAGAAUCCCCGAGUCCCCAGAUCACACGUCCUUGAGCUUCACUGUGAGAGCAGCUCUGACUCCCGUCUGAAGCCCAGUUUGAAACUGUCCUGGGGUAAAGAUGGAGAGGCCUUUGAGGUGAAUGGCACUGAAGAUGGAAGGAUCACUAUUGAUGGAGCUAAUCUGACCAUAUCUAAUGUCACAUCCGAGGACCAAGGGGUUUACUCCUGCUUUGCCCAGACUGCUCUAGACAACGCUGCUGAUGCGACUCGAGUCACUGUCUUGGAUGUUCCAGAUCCACCAGAAAACCUUCAGUUGUCUGACAGACAGAACAGGAGUGUCCAGCUGACGUGGGAAGCGGGAGACAACCACAACAGCAAUAUUAGCGAGUUCAUUGUAGAGUUUGAAGGAAACAAAGAGGAACCCGGACGCUGGGAGGAGCUGGCCAGAGUCCCAGGAAAGGACACGACAGUCUUGUUAGCUCUGGCUCCGUAUGUGAGAUACCAGUUCCGGGUCAUAGCUGUGAAUGAAGUGGGGAGAAGCCAGCCCAGCCAGCCCUCGGACCAUCAUGAGACCCCACCCGCAGCUCCAGACAAGAAUCCUCAAAACAUAAGAGUCCAUGCCUCUCAACCCAAGGAAAUGAUCAUAAAAUGGGAGCCUUUGAAAUCAAUGGAGCAGAAUGGGCCAGGAUUGGAGUACAGAGUGACCUGGAAGCCACAGGGAGCCUCAGCCUCAGUGGAGUGGGAGGAAGAGACAGUCACCAACCACACGCUGCGAGUGAUGACCUCCAUGGUCUAUGCGCCUUACGAUGUGCAAGUGCAAGCCAUCAACCAGCUUGGUUCUGGGCCAGAGCCUCAGGCCGUGACCCUCUACUCCGGGGAAGACUAUCCUGACAUAGCCCCAGUGGUCCAUGGGGUCGACGUUGUCAACAGCACAUUGGUGAAAGUGACCUGGUCAACAAUUCCCAAGGACAGAGUGCAUGGACAUCUGAAGGGAUAUCAGAUAAGUUGGUGGAAAACAAGGAGUCUAUUGGAUGGGAGAGUGCAUCCCAAAGAAGUGAAGACGCUAAGGUUUUCAGGACAGAGGAACCAUGGGAUGCUGCCUUCUCUGGAUGCAUUUAGUGAAUUUCAUUUGACCGUCUUAGCCUACAAUUCCAAAGGGGCUGGCCCGGAAAGCGAGCCUUACAUAUUCCAGACACCAGAAGGAGUACCUGAGCAGCCAACUUUUCUCAAAGUCAUCAAGGUUGAUAAAGAUACUGCGACUUUGUCCUGGGGACUGCCUAAGAAAUUAAAUGGAAACUUAACUGGCUAUCUAUUACAGUACCAAAUAAUAAAUGGCACCUAUGAAAUUGGAGAAUUAAAUGAUAUCAACAUCACAACUCCGUCAAAGCCCAGUUGGCGUCUCUCAAACCUCAACUCAACUACCAAAUACAAAUUCUACUUGAGGGCUUGUACAUCCAAGGGCUGUGGAAAGCCUGCCACUGAGGAAAGCUCCACCCUGGGAGAAGGGAAGUACUCUGGUUUGUAUGAUGACAUCUCCACUCAAGGCUGGUUUAUUGGAUUGAUGUGUGCAGUUGCCCUUCUCACACUAAUCCUGCUAACUGUUUGCUUUGUGAAGAGGAACAAGGGUGGAAAGUAUUCAGUGAAAGAGAAGGAAGAUUUGCAUCCAGAUCCAGAAGUUCAGUCGGCAAAGGAUGAGACCUUUGGAGAAUACAGCGACAGCGACGAGAAGCCUCUGAAAGGCAGCCUGCGGUCCCUGGGCCGGAACCUGCAGGCGGCGGAGAGCGCCGACAGCCUGGUGGAGUACGGCGACGGCGACCAUGGGCUGUUCAGCGAGGACGGCUCCUUCAUCGGCGCCUACGCCGCGGCCCGGGAGAAGGGCUCGGCCGAGAGCACCGGCAGCUCGGCGGCCACCUUCCCGCUGCGCGCCUGA